UUCACGACGAGUUGAGGUCGUCGUGACAAGAUGAAGAGCGUGGUGCAGUUUGACAGCAUGCACAUGCUGGGAUGAGGAGCUACCCACUAUCCAUUUGCCAAACCGUUUCUUCUUCAGUUUCAGAUUCAGUUUCAAAUUAACGAGUAAUAUUCGAUGCUGUGGUUUUUGGUGUAGAGGUUCAUAUUCUUAUUCCAAGUUUGAGAGUUUUUACCAUCAUUUACAGGGAUUUCGAUAUGAUUAUGCGAGCGUGCCCUCCACAGAAACGGGGGGGGGCCCGUGUCCGACGUAGGUUUUUUUUGAAAAGGACAUCGACAACAGAUGAUUCAGGAAGCGACAAAGAAAAUUAUCAGAAACACGGAGCAAGGCGAAUACUUGAUCGUUCGUCUUUGCAGAGGUGUGUAAUUUGUCUUUCGGUUUAUAUGCACGGUGUUAACUCAGAAGCACGCGGCGCUAAAAGUAAAAAAAAUGAAAUUCAAACCAAUUUCAAAAGUUUUAAAUUUCUGGCUUCCCCCCUCGCUACAGAGCAUGUAUUUCGCGCAGCGUCUGGGAUCGAUUCAGGUCGAUACUCGGACGCCCGGUCGCGGCCACUUGUGCUCAACAUACUAGGUUCUCUUCGACAGUUCCCUAGUAGGUUGUGUCGCGUGGUGGAUCUCGAUUGCCUUCUUCACUUUCUUCCACUUGGAGUUCUUCAAUUUCUGCACACGCUGCUAGGCAGUCGCAAAUUGAAUUCCGCCCUGUCCGCGGGAUAGAAAGCAGCUUUUUGCCCAUUCCUUUGCCUCGAUCUUUGGUAGAUGGGAGCUUACGCGGUCUUAUGGCGUGCUCCUCUGCUUCUAUUUCUUUUUCUUGUUGUGCCUCCUUUCUUUGCCCCGGGUGUUGGUGCACCACGCCCGUGUCUGAGUUUAGCUUUCGUUAUCGUGUCUGAGUUUAGCUUUCAGGGGAAAUCUGAUCCGAAUUUGAUCCGAAAACGGUCCGGACGUGGAAUGUAGUAUGCGGACCAAAUUUGGACCAAAUUUGGACCGGUUCCUGACCAGAUCUCGAUCAACCAUUUGAAAUUGGUUGGAGGUCUCGAUCAACCGUUUGAAAUUGGUUCGAAAUCUCGAUCAACCGUUUGAAAUUGGCCGGAGUCUCGAUUACCCGUUUGAAAUUCCCGAUCACCGUUUGAAAUCUCCGGCCGCCAUGUGAAUUCGCAGCCUGCCGGCGGCCGCCAAGCGGCGACUUUCGUCCGUCAGUAGUUGGCCUGCGGGCUUGUUAGCGGAUUUGCCGGUCUCCCUUUAAGGUGUUUCGGAAAGAUCGAGAGAGUGGUAGGCUAAUGCGUGACGCCUCGUACAGAUGGAGCGAUCGGCCGCUCGGGUGAGUGGUCGCUCGGCGACCCAUCGCGAAUAAAACUCGCCUUGGCUGUCACCGUAUGCAUGCUCUGUUUCUUACAUAUGUCAACAAAAAUGAUGAACACCCACCCACCCCUGCAUGCAAAGUCUGAAACUUUUGAAAUUGGUUUGAAUUCCGUUAGAAAAGAAAUUAGUGCUCGCUUGCUUUUGAGUUAACACGGUGGCCGCGUGCCAACACGCGCAUAUAGUAAGUGUGAAAUGUAAGUGUACUCGUGACAAAGACAAACAAGUUUUAAAGUCCGACGGUAGAAUUUUUUUUUGAACGGCUUGAGCCACGGCUACUUGGCCCACCUGUAUGAUAUAUCAUUUUGACGUCGUGACAAACCAACGGAAAGAGGAACCAAAGUGGUAGGCAGUCCCAGUAUUUCUAUUUGCUAAAAUUUGUCCAGCUCAACAUGAAACAUAGAGUAAGAAGAAAAUAAAGCAAUCUCGCACGUCACACUACGUAAAU